AUGUCAAAUGGUGCCUCGGGUGUCAGCGGCAGGGCGAUGCGCUACUACCGUCUCUGGAUUUAUACGUGCAACACGGCCUUGCUGGCAGGAGCGCUUGCGUUCGGCGGGGCGGCCGCCAGAACCGUACUCUUCGAUUUUCGCCGAUCGCUCAUCCCAUCUCUCACGCUCUACCAGCCGUCAUUUUUGUACGCUUAUUUGGCGCUACUCACGCAAGGAGGCGCUCUUCAGCUACUCGGUUGCGUUGCCGCGCUUAGGUUAUCUGAAAAGUUGUUGAACGCUUAUUGGUUGUUAUUGUUAGUACUGUUAUUCGGAGACGUAGUGUUGGGUGCCUUUUGGGCGUUUAGGUUCGAGAGAGUGUGUCAAGAACUGAGGCCUGCUCUACGUGUUCGGUUCUACCAAGAGUACGGGACCAACGGCGACUUUACCGACAUGUGGAAUAGACUGCAAUCAGACCACUCUUGUUGUGGAGUGUUGGGUCCUGAAGACUACAAUAGCAGCGCACUGCAGAUACAGAUGCAAAUUCCUGUGAGCUGUUGCUUGAAACCGCCAAGGGCAGGGAAUAGCACCUGCGGCGAAGCAGAUCAUCUUCACCAUGCGAGCGGUUGCGACGAAAGACUGCUAGCGUAUCUUAGAUCAACUGCUUCGAUAUUAGCCAUUCUCGGCUAUUGCGUUUUAGCCUUCCUUAAAAUGUGCUUCCUAGGUAUCUUGCGUUACGAAAUUCGCGAAAUGAUCCAGAAGAUCCGCAUUCUUCGAGCAGAGUUGGAGCUACCCAAUGUGAACGGUAUCGUUCCAGGCUCGUUAAGGGCAGAAAGUGCGGAGAGCGAACGGGAAUCGCUUUUGGUAAGGCCUGAGAGUGCGGCCCUGCUCUCUUCACCGCCAGCUCAGACGAAAAAUCCCAACGGAAACAACAAUUACGAAAUGAGGGAGUACAGGAGUCGCGAGAAUAUAUGACUAAAGUACCGCCUAGAGGGUCUGUUCAACCGCGGUAGGUGGGGCCGCGUGAAGAAGGGUCCUCUGGCUACGCCACUGGAGGAUAUAUUCAAGCGGAAACCAAGGUCGAGGGUCAAGGAUGAUCCCUGCUGAAAUUUCUGAAAUUUGCCAUCGGCUAGAGUGUAAAAGCAAGGCAUGCAAGUCGUACUGAAAAAAUUUACAAAGCAAAUCCAAAUAGGUUCAUAACAUAAUAUGGUUGCUGGCAAUCUCAUUUUAAAGUUUAUAAGCAAAACAAUUCGCCAUAUUCGAAAUUUUAUGCAAAUAAAGAAUUUUAUGAUAAAAAGCUUAAAAUAUAAUUUUUGUUAAAAAAAACGUAUAACAACAAAUAAUCAAGGGUAAAAUUAAACUUCUGAAAACUAAAAGAGAUAUUUUUAGGUACAAGUUGAAAAAACGUUACCUAUUACAUAAUAUUACAGUAUUGGACAUUACUCCAAGUUUGCCAAAAACACUACUAGUCUAAAAGGCAAUGUUUAGACACCGCGAUAAAUCCGAGCAGUUUAUCGAUAUCAAUCGAGUUGUUUCAAUUUAUCGUUGUGUGUAAACGGUACAGGGUUAUUCAGUAUAUUUUGAUCCCCUGUAAACUGCUUUAUUUACAGAAUUAGACAAAAAUGUAAGAUACAAAAGUUACACGAUUUUUUAUGUCGUUUUCGAAAUUGAUAGUAGAAAAACAAAGAAGGUGCAAAGAAGAUGGCCGC